AUGUCGAACGGGGACCUAUCGCUGCCGCAGCAGAUCCAGCAGCUCAACGAUGCCCGCAAGCACGUUCUCGGCGACGUGAAGCUGUACCCGGGUGUCGUGCGCGGACUCAUCCCUAGUAUUGGUGUGUCGGCGCCGCUGGAGCUGCGACGAUGGGGCGCCGAUUUUCUGGCGGAGGCCUUUGCAACGCCUGUGCUGCCAAAUGGAGAAAAGGAGACGCUCGCGCCGUACGUCCUGGCGACGCUCGAGUCGCUGGCGCAGAAGCCGGACGAAGAUCACUAUGUCCUACGUGGAGUGAUACAGACCGCCGCGAGCAUUUACCCGCUGGCACUGCGAUGGAUAAUCAACAACUCGUAUGACACGGUCACCUGGGAGCGAAUGAUGGCGAUAAAACAAAGAGUCUUGCAGAUUUGGGACACGGCGACACCGACGGUCAGAAUCUGCUGUAUCAAGUUUGCGCAACGCGUGGUGCUGGCACAGACUGUGUCCUCCAUGGGAGACCACAGAUAUGCCGGCGGUCUCGAUAUUUCUCUCGAUAAAAUCCCUCCAAAUCACCAAACCCUCGAUCCCCGAACUCUAGAGGCUGAGGCAUCCGGGCUUUUGGACCGCAUGCUCAGUGUACUACAGGAAUCCAAUGAUGCACUGGUUGUUGAUGCGACGCUGAACUGUUUGUCAAUUUUGAUUCGAACCCGUCCAGAGACGUCAAACAGAAUCAUCAACGCCAUCUUCGCCUUCAACCCGCUCAACCUUGCCCCUUCACCGCUGACUGCCAGAAGCAAGGUCAUGAUCAGGUCAAUGGAAAAGACGGUGCGGUCACUUUUGAUCAAUCUGAGCAGAAGGGAUCCCCACAAUCCGAUGGUGCCGAGAAUGCAGCAACAUGUGGAACAUAAUAUGCGCAUGAUUUCGGAGGCUUUUGAUGAAAGCGGGAAGAAGCGGCCGUUGGACGCUCCGCAGCAGGACGGAAACGCCAAACGCCAGCGCAUAACAACAGCCCAAAUUCAAAUCCCCCCCCUUGGGCCCGGGCCUCACAGCCUAGCGGAUUUGUUUAGCCUUGUCAGCAACGAUGGGCUGAAGACAUUUGACCUGUCGCUCGUACCACCCGCGAUGGUAUCGAAAUUAGCAGUCACAACGCUUGCCAGGCUGGACUCACAACUCCUCGCCAAGGCUGUAGACGGCGUUCGUGAUAGACUUCAAACAGUGGCAAAUGCACCUGUGGCCGAGCUGAACCCGAAUACGGCGCCGCUUGGUGUCGACGACGACGACGAUGACUACGAGCCGGAUUUCUACCAGGCUGAAGACACGGAGCAGAUUCUGAACAAGCUGGACAGUGAGCCUUCUGGUCUGGAUCCCAUCCACCUCGACGACAGCCUGGCGCUCAGGUCAUUCAACCUGUCGCAGCCGCAGCAAAUAACACCGGAGCUAGCACUCAGCGCCGGUGCCGGCACGAUAGAAAAGGUCAUGGACAUGAUGAAAUCCCUCCAAGACUCAUCAGGAAAGAAGGCCAAGGCCGGUUUCAUGCGCCUGGCGGCUAGCUCUGGCACAAGAGAGUCGUGGAUGACUAUCCUGACACGUCUUGCGACAAGAUCAUCUGCUGGACUGGAUGAGAUUCUUGUCAAGGGCGAAGAUGACGGCAGCGGAUCAACGCCGUCACUGUCAAACACCAUCCGCGAAGUUUUGUACAACUACGUCAUGGAGGAUUUCCGCAAGCACAUAGAUGUAGCGGUAUCAUGGCUCUGUGAAGAGUGGUACAAUGACCGACUACUGGCGAGAACAAACCGCGACUACCCCAAACACUACGAAAAGUGCGCUUUGCGUCUUCUGGAUGGCUUCCUUCCAUAUGUGCACCCGCAGGAUAAGGUGCUGACGCGAUUCCUCAGCGAAAUCCCCGAGCUGAACGAGGAGAUGCUGUCUCGGGUGAAGCGCAUGUGUCGCGACCCCUCGGUGGUAAAGCUUGCGCUGACGAGCUUGCUAUACCUCGUUCUCAUGCGGCCGCCGGUCAAGGAGAUAGCUCUGGAUACGGUGCAGGAUAUCUGGAGAGAGUUCGAAGAUGCGCGCACGAUGGCCGGCCAAUAUCUGUCGAAAUACCGUCCGGGGUUCGUGGCGACUGCUCUUCGGGCAGAGUCACCCGUUGACGCAUCAUUUUAG